UCGUGGAAAUCGGUUCGGUUUACGAAAGCUGAUCGGUGUCCGUUUUUGGGGAAGCCCACUCUCGCUGCGACAGCCGGAAAACCCCCCAUCGCCAUCUUGUGCCAACGGGGGGAGAAGGUUUUUCAAGGGUGGGUGGCUUUAUUGGGUAAAUAGCUUUGUUGGUGCGAUUUCGAGGUGUUUGCGUUUGUGUUAUUGCUGGCGGGGACGUUUUUUCUUGCCGGGCGCCUGUUGGAGAUUACCGAAUAACCUAGAGGAUUGACGAGCGAGUGUCAGCAACCGCGGCUAGUUAGGGAGCCAGCCAUCUGUGGUGCAGCAGUGUAAUCAGUGAAAAUUAGCUGGAAGGAAAAGUGCUGAUGGCUCGCUAAAGGAUGCGUGAAUUGAAGUGGCUCUCACUGUCAAGGGUGCCGCCGUUGCGGAGUGUCACCUUCAGGAAAAUGCGACAUUAAGCAGCGUACAGCAGGAAUUGUGGCGAAAAUAGUGAGGUCGUACGGAGUCCCGCCCCCACUUGAAUAAUAUCUGGCAAAUUCCUAUUCGUAACACCGGCGGCGGCGACCAACCGUCAUACCCAUGUGAACGCAUGGCUGCGAAUCCGGACGAUGACAGCGUACGCGACGCCACCACCGACCGACGGUUCUCGGAAAGCAGAUGCCAGGAUAAAUUUUCGUGCAAUUAUAACCAUUACGCUCAGGAGCACUUUAUGGGUGCGUGAGCUUGGGGAAUAAGUGCUUUUCUACUCAGUCGGUUUUCCUUUAUAUGCAGCAAAGCGGUCGCAAGUGUCACACUCUGUUCAGUUUGUUAGUGUAGAUAAUAUGCUGCUCAGGUAGACUGGAAACAAGCGGACCGCGUCCAUCCAACUGCUCACGUACCUACCAGCGUUAUUAUUUCCGCUCGGGGCGGGUUGGUGCAUAAUGUGAUCACUUACCGGCUCUUCGGAGGGUGGUCUAGCAGGCUACAAGUUUUAGUGCGUCCGGUUGGUGGCUACAGUGCGAUCGCUGUUGUAGGGUUCACCCGGAAGUUUGGUGCCGCGAGAUAAUCGUCGACAACUUUUCCGACAAGUCAGCGGGUGACCAUCAGGCAGUGUACUAGUAAAAAAAUAAAAGAAAAAACAUUUGUGAAUUAGUGUGCAAUGUGAAGGGAGUGUAAUAAUGUCGACAGAAGACCCGCAGGAAGAGAACCACGUGGAAGAGUGCACUAGCGGCGACAUCGUCAUUGGCAGUGGCAAUGAUUGUCACGUCACUACCGGCAACGGCGAUGAAAUGCCUGCUGCGACGACGGAUGAGGCAGCAGAGGAAAUGUUCAGUGGCUGUAAAGAAGCCACACUCGUUAACAAUAACAACACUAUCAGCGUAGACUGCUGUGCAGCAGCUUCGAAGCUUUUCCCGCGGUGUGAAAAUGGUGAAACAAGUGAAGUUAAUUACGGCGUAAUUACAAGCAAUCCGAGACCAUCAACCUGCGGGAGCAUAGGCCCCGGCGACACCGGUGCUGGUGAGGACUCUAAUUUGCUGUCGCCGAACAACUCCCGGUCCAGCAUGAGUCAGUCCCAGACGCCGACGCAAUUGUCGCCGGUUCGCCGCAAGGCAGACUCGACCUGCUCCCUGGCGGAGCUGGACGAGAUAGGCGCCUUCUUCGACGAACAUGCGUCGGCCAUCGAGCGGUGGUUCCGGGAACGGGCUCCGGCCGAUGUCAUCGCUAAGCUGCAGUCAAUUACCGCCGAGAUGGCCAAAUCAGUCCGUUCUCCGCAUCGGGCGUCCGUCACGUCCGACCUGUUCCAGCAGUGGCUUGCUUCGUCACCCGUGAAGAAAUGCCGCUCACCCACCUCGCGCGGCUGUUCGGUUUCCAAUCGCAGCCGCCUGGCUGAACUGGACGAAGGUGAACUCUUCAUGGAGCUAAUUCGAGACGUGGCCAACGAGCUGGACAUUGACGUGCUGUGCCAUAAAAUUCUAGUCAACGUCAGCCUGCUCACCCAUGCUGACCGUGGCUCGCUGUUUCUAGUCAAAGGACCCCCGAACGGAAAAUAUCUGGUAGCGAAACUGUUCGACGUCACCCAGCACACGCCACUCGACGAAGCGGUCCGGCGCGCCAAGCAGGACGAGCUCAUCAUCCCGUUCGGGGUCGGCAUCGCUGGCACGGUGGCCGAGACGAACGAAACCAUCAACAUCAAGGAGGCUUAUAAGGACCCUCGCUUCAACAGCGAGAUCGAUCAGAAGACCGGCUACAAGACGAACAUCAUCCUGUCGAUGCCGAUUUGCAAUUACGAGGGACAGGUGAUUGGCGUGGCGCAGAUUAUCAACAAGACGAAUGGAUCGCCCGAAUUCACCGAGCGGGACGUGGAAAUAUUCCGCCGGUAUUUAACCUUCUGCGGAAUCGGUAUCCAGAAUGCUCAGCUGUUUGAAAUGUCCGUCCAGGAGUACCGCCGGAAUCAGAUCCUGCUGAAUCUGGCGCGAAACAUUUUCGCCGAACAGAACAACCUGGAGUGUUUGGUCACUAAAAUUAUGACCGAGGCUCGCGAGCUGCUCAAGUGCGAACGCUGUGCCGUGUUCCUGCUGGAUCUGGACUGUGGCGAAGCGAACCACCUCGAGCGGAUGUUGGACCGACCGGAGAAGUCUUAUCAAACGCUGUCCCGGCGAACGAGCCACAGCGUUGAUGUCGAGGACCUAAUCAAACAGCAGAAAUCCAACACUGCCCGCUUCACGAUGAUUUUUGAACUGGGCAGCAAUAGUCAGUCGGCGGCGAAUAUUUCACAUCCUUCUGUGAACGAUUUGAACAGUUCAACGUUGGCCCAGAUUGCGGAGUACGUUGCCAGUACCGGCGAAACGCUCAAUAUCAACGAUGUCAACGAGUGGCUCAAGGACAAACCGAUUUAUCAUCCCCAACAGCAGCAGCAGCCGCAGUCUGCAACUGCCUUGGGUGGCGCCGGCGAAGGUCAGCCUGGUUCGUCGGAUGAGCUGUGCGCCAGAACCAUCCUUUGUAUGCCGAUCGUCAACGGACAGCAAACUGUGAUUGGUGUCGCUCAAUUAAUUAAUAAGGAAAACAAUCUACAAUUUACUAGCUGUGAUAUUUCAAUAUUCGAAGCAUUCGCCAUCUUCUGCGGAUUGGGAAUCCACAACACACAGAUGUACGAGAGCGCCUGCAAGCUGAUGGCCAAGCAGAAGGUGGCCCUGGAGUGUUUAUCCUAUCACGCCACCGCACCGCCGGACCAGACACUGAAGCUAGUCAACGACACCAUUGCCUCGGCCGACGAGUACAAGCUGUACAGUUUCACGUUUAUCGAUUUCGGCCUGGAUGACGACGAUACCUGUCGGGCUGCGGUGCGAAUGUUCCUGCAGUGCAACCUGGUGCAACAGUUUCACAUUCCGUACGAUGUCCUGUGCCGAUGGAUCCUUAGUGUGCGGAAAAACUAUCGCCCGGUCAAGUACCACAACUGGCGCCACGCGUUGAACGUGGCACAAACCAUGUUUGCGAUGAUGAAGACCGGCAAGAUGGAACGCUUUAUGACCGAUUUGGAAAUUUUGGGACUGCUGGUGGCCUGUUUGUGCCACGACCUGGACCACAGAGGCACGAAUAAUGCCUUCCAGUCGAAAACCGAGAGCCCGCUGGCAAUUCUCUACACCACCAGCACCAUGGAGCACCACCAUUUCGACCAGUGCGUUAUGAUACUCAACUCGGAAGGGAACAAUAUAUUUCAGGCACUAUCCCCGGAGGACUUCCGCAAAGUGAUGAAGGUCGUGGAAUCGGCAAUCCUGUCCACGGAUCUAGCCAUGUACUUCAAAAAGCGCAACCAAUUUCUGGAGCUAGUCGAGGGCGGAGAGUUCGAUUGGCAGUGCGAGGAAAAGAAGGAAGUGCUCUGCGGAAUGAUGAUGACGGCAUGCGAUGUUAGUGCGAUUGCGAAACCCUGGGAGGUCCAGCACCGGAUGGCUAAGCUGGUGGCGGACGAGUUCUUCGACCAAGGCGAUCUGGAAAAAUUGCAACUCAAUCAGCAGCCUGUGGCGAUGAUGGAUCGUGAGCGCAAGGACGAACUACCCAAGAUGCAGGUCGGUUUCAUCGACGUCAUCUGUCUGCCACUGUACAAAGUCCUCUCGGAUGCCUUUCCCUGGAUACGGCCACUGUACGACGGUACCCAGGACAACCGGCAGCACUGGCAGGACCUGGCGGAAAAGGUGGAAAUGGGUCUAACUUGGAUCGAUCACGAUACGAUCGACAAACCGGUGGAGGAGUUUGCCUCUGGAAAGGAGGCGCUCGACGACAUCGAAUUCACCGUAACGACGCUACACUGUGCCACCCACCCGGAGGACAAGACUGACACCACCCCGAUACACGAGCGAAAGCCGCGCUUCAGCAGCCUCCGCAAGACCGGUGCCCUCGGAAAGGCCGUCCGCAACAAGCUAUCCAAAUCGGUGUACAACAGUCACAGUACCUUCGGUUCAACCGGAACGCCAGAUCGUCCCUCGUCCACCGUUACGAACUCUUCAUUCAGCUCAAAGUCGCAGGACGACGAAAAACAGCUGCCGGAGGAGCACAGUGAAGGAGAUGCCAAUCAUAACCACCAAACGCCUCCAGUUCUAAGUACGGUCAACAAUGGAACCGGUACCGCAACAUCAUCAACCGGCGAUUCACAGGUAGCCAAAGCAUCGUCCGCCAUCAAGCCGGUUAAAAAGCGCUCAAAACUGUGCACGCUUUUGUGACCGAAGCAUAACGACGGGGACUCCGAGAGCGGAGUAGCCGCCACUAGUAGGCAGGAAAACUCGGUCUAAGUCAUACAGUGGGUUUUAACCGUUAGCUGUGUUUUAAAGAUUACGCUAUUAGCUGUGUUGUUAGGGAAACAAAUGAAUCCGAACUAUGUGAAAUUGUUCUUCAUGAACCCAGAAACUGCUGUGCUGACUAGAGUUCCAAACAGCUGUGUGUAUGUAUGUUAUGAUGAAUUUUAGAUCGAACAGGACAACCUAGAUGUCAAUCAAAAGACCCGUUUUUGGUAAAAUGUAUUUUCUAUACACAUUUAAUAAGUGAACCCGCUGGCAGACUCUCAAACUCUCUGCUACACCUUGAAAUGCAAUACCUAGUUUGUAACGCAAAAUUUAACUAUAUGAUCGUCAAAACUGUACUCUGACAUGAAUGGGCAACAUAAUAUUCGCAAAAUCUUUGUAAGAUAAAAACAAUCUGUAAGGUGCUUUCUCUACUUAGUAGUAAUCUAGUUAAUUUAACCUAGCCCUGAUAGGUGAUAAGUUCAAUCGGUCCUAUUUCGAUCACUACUAUAUGAAUAGUACUAACCUACGAUAGUUAGUUGUGUAAUCCAUCCAUGAAGCACAUCCUGCUUCAUAUUAAUUCAAUGCACCUCGAAUCAAGUUGCUACCUGGCCUUUGGCAGGUGUAGAAAUAAUUUGUGUAGAUCACACAGCCCAAUCUUAAGCUAGUCAUUGAAACAUGUUCCAACUUAGGAGGUAAAUGUGCGAAAAAACUGAAUCCUCAGCGUUAUUGUAUGUGUGAGAAUUGUUAAUAAACUUUCAGUUACUGUUUGGUCCUGCUUGAAGAAAUUUCAAUAAAAAUGAAAUCCAAAUAUAA